AUGGAAUGCAAUAGAAAUGGAAUCCAUUCUCCUCAUCAUCAAAAUCAAUAUGAAUUACCAAAUUUGUUUGAGCGUAUUGAAAAAGUUGAGAAAGAAUGUGAUCAUUUAAUUAAUAAAUUGAAGUAAUUGAUGGAUUCAUUAUACCAAUAAUUUAAUUCAUUAAUUCUAGGAAUUAGAAAUAAAUAUCAAAGAUCCAAAGAAUAAUUCCUUAAAUUUAAUCUGAGUUAAAUGAAUUCUUUUUUCACAGAAACUAUCCUAUUCAAUUCAUUUGUAUCAAAAAUUGAUAUUUAAAUGACUUAAGCUUCAAAUAAUUUUCAAGAUUCAUUAAAAAAUGUAUAUGAAGACUUAAAAUUAACUUAAUUGAAUUAUUAUCAAAUCUCAGCUUAAGAUAUCCAGAAAUCUGAAGAAUUAUAUAAAAAAGGUAAACAAAAUUAUUAUUUAGGCUAUAAAUUAUAUUGGAAUGAAAAGAAUUUUAAAGAAGCUAUAAAUAUUUUAGAUUAAGCAUUAAUUUUGAAUUAAUAACACUAAUUAGCAUUGUAUAGUAAAGGUAGUAUUACUAUUGUAUGUGUUAGCUGAAUGCUUACGGAUGCUUAAUCAAUAUAAAGAAGCAAUUGUAUAGGUAGAUAAAGCUUUGGAGCUUAAUUCUAAACAUUAAUUCUCAUUAUUUUGCAAAGGUAGAAACAUGAUUAUAAAUUUUAGCUGAAUGCUUAAGAGGUCUUGAUCAAUAUAAUGAAGCAAUUAUAUGGGCAGAUAAAGUUUUGGAGAUUGAUCCUAAAAAUUAAUUCACAUUGAAUACCAAAGGUAGAUUUACUAUUUUAUGUGUUAGCGGAAUGUCUAAAAAUGCUUGCUUAAUAUAAUGAGGCAAUUAUAUGGGCAGAUAAAGCCUUGGAGAUUGAUCCUAAGCAUUGCAAUUCUUUUUCUACUAAAGGUAUUUAUAUAUCUAAAUAUUAAAGGUAAUUCCUUAAGAUUAUUGAAAAAGUAUAAAGAAGCCAUGGCAGUCUUAGAUUAAUCUUUAUCAAUAAAUUCUAAUCACUUUGAUUCUUUAAAAAUUAAAGGUAGAUUAUUAUACAUUUUUAGGACAAUGUUUAUCAAGAUCAACAUUAAUAUUAAGAAGCUUUGAUAUUGUAUGAUAAAGCUUUGAAAAUCAUUCCUAAUAAUUAGUGGGUUAAAGAAAGAAAAAGUAUAUUUUAAAUCUAAUAUUAAGAUGAAUGCUUAGAAGCUCUUAAAAAGAAAUGA